AUGAGGAUAUCUGCGCAGUCAAUUAUUGCCGUCGUGUCUUCAGUCCUGAGGGUGUUUCAAGUUCACCCGCCCGUCAUCACACCAGACACUGUUGUGCAAGGGGCACUCCUUCAGGACGAUGGGGGACCAGGUAAACCAUUUGUUUCUCGUAUGGCAGGAUGCGUCGUCACCCAGACUCUCAUGACCCAUUCCUUCGCAAACAGCUAUGGCAAGCCGUACGUUGGGCCUUACACACCUCCUGAAUGCUCCUUCAACCGAAUCACGCUCAACCUCACCGUCACCGCCGCUGGCAAGCAGUUUGAUCGGUUGGCAGUAGCGUACUUUGGUGAUAUUGAGAUCUGGCGAACAAGCACGGCGGAACCGACUCCCAAUGGUAUCAUCUGGACGUAUGUCAAGGAUGUGUCCCAUCUUUUGUCACUGUUCGCUCAACCCCAAACUCUGGUCUUUGACCUGGGCAAUCUGGUGAACGAAAUUUAUACCUCCCCAUUCAAUGUAACCUUGCAGGCGACCUUCUUCACCACUGCUGACUUGGAGAAGCGGGCGGAUCUGAUCAUUCCUAUAUCAGCUGGAAGGAGCGCGAGCAACAAAUCCAAUUUUCGGAAUUAUGGCCUAGGUAGAGCAUCAAACGCGCUGGUACUGCCACGAAACAUGGAGCGGGCCGUUGUCACCGUCUCUGCGACCGGUCAGAUGGAUGAAGAAUUUUGGUACUCCAAUGUGCCUUCUUCAAACGUGGACACCUUCGGGAGCGAUUCACUCUUGGGCCACUCCUCCUUCCGGGAGAUACAACUAUUGAUUGACGGCAACUUGGCUGGGGUUGUGUGGCCGUUCCCCAUCAUCUUCACCGGCGGCAUCGUCCGCGGCUUUUGGAGGCCGGUCGUGGGAAUUGAUGCAUUCGACAUACGUGAAGAUGAAAUUGAUAUAACACCCUGGCUUCCGUUGCUCUGCGACGGUGAAAGCCAUUCGUUUGAACUUCGGAUUGUUGGAAUUGAUGACGACGGCAAUGGUGGCGGCCUUCUAUCUGAGGCUGUUGGCAGCUACUGGGUUCUCACGGGCAAAAUGUUUGUCUGGCUGGACUCAGGAGGGGGCAUAACAACCGGAGGCCAUCAUAUGGCAGAUGUGUCCGUUUGCUCCAUUUCCAUGUCAUCCACGGUCAGCACCACUUCGAAUGGAACAAACUGUAGCCUGUCCUAUACCGUCAAUGUGGAUCGUCAACUCUAUAUCUCGUCAGAAGUCCGGACGUCCCACGGUACCAAAGUUGCGGCCUGGCAGCAGUAUCUGGCAUAUUCAAACGAGGGUGAUAUCUCAAGCUUCGGAGAUGUCCAGGUCAUCGCGCAGAACACAUCGGGCAGGGCCAUAUCAUCAGAAGGUUAUUCUCGUACCUUCGACUAUCCACUGUUCGUCAACAGCACCGUCGUGCAGGACAAGAGCGCUGGCACCCUCUCUAUCUCCGCGGCACUCAGGAGGGCUCAAGUGAUUGAGAUUGGUGGCCGUUCAGUGUUCCCAACCGGCUUGGAGUCCUUCGACCUGCCACAUCCAGAAGACGCUGGGAGACUUGGUUCUCGCCAAAGAUUCCAUGGCAGCCGCUUGACGACGAGCCAGAAUGGCAGUGCCGUGUACUUUAGUCAUGGCAACACCUCCAUCAGCCCAGGCACGACUCAGCAGCAUCUUUCACUCUACGGGCUGCUAAGUGCAGCUUUGGGAAGUGUUCCUGAAACCUCGGUAGAGGUCUAUCGUAGGCAUGUCGUCGCUGUUAAUGAUACCCUUGUACGGAACGAGGAGUUUUUCCCAGGCCAGUAUCAGAAAGUCGGCUAG